AUGGAGGGCACGUCCCUCAAUGACAUCUUAUAUAAGAAUGCUGCUUUUCUCAACCUGGUGGAUCCCAUCUCCCAUGAGCUGCUGCUAAGCCUGGCUCGCGAGAUGCAGUGUCCUAAGAAGGUAAGAUCUCUACAAAACUUAUCUCAUGGUGUAUUGUCUGCUUAGCUUGGAAUCAAACUUCCAAAAAUCAAGAUGUCAACAGAAUAAGUAUCAUCAUGAAUAGAAGGAUACGCUGUUCCAUUACAAUCAGUAAUGGGGAAAGUCUUCCACAUUUGCCAUGCAACUGCUUCUCCUCGUGGUUUGGCUUUAUAAUUAUUGGUGCUAUAUAGGGUUGCAAAGCUACCGGUAAUUUACCAAAGUUAGCAGAAUCUUCUGUAAUUUUGGUAAUUAACAGAAAAUAUAUGGCAAUCUAUGGUAACUUUGGUAAUUUAUCCUUGGAUAACUCAUAUAUAGUAUUAAUUGUUAUAUCUGUGUCCAUAUUGUCCAUGUGUUUCUAGUAGAUAGACCAUAUGGUUCAAGAGAAAAUAUAUUAUAAUAAUAUAUGCCAUUUAGCAGACGCUUUUAUCCAAAAGCGACUUACAGUCAUGUGUGCAUACAAAAAUAGCUUAGUUAGUGACAAAAGCAUCUAAUCAACAAUGGCAUUAUUUUCAAUUAACUCUGCAACUCUUCCAACUAUUGACUUUUUCACAACUGCCACCAGUCUGAUGCCAAAACAUUGACAACAAAUACAUAUUGACAUAGUAAAAUAAAUACAAGUGUGUAAAGAAAUAUAUAAAGGAUUCAUGCUGAAACCCUCAUAUUAAACACCAAUGGUAUUCACUAAGUUGAUGAUUUAUAUUUAGGAUCAUGUUUUACAGCUUUGUCGUUAUAUAAUUAUUUCACAUAUUUUACAUGUGAUAAAGCCACAUAGAGGGUUCAGAGAUAAUUACGGACACCUGUCAUAAUCGGAAGUACCCAAAAAGGCCACUAGAUGUAAUCUUAUAAUAUUCAAAAUAAACCUUGAAAGUUACCGAAAUUCUGGCAGUUUACUGGUACACUUCGGAAGUUUCCAGUAAUAUACCCUCCCUUUGCAACCCUAGUGCUAUAAUAAUGUCAGUGUAUUAUUACCAGGAAAGAAGAUGAGUAGGCGGCCAGUACGUUGCAAUAACCUUUAGUGAACUAUUAACACUUCCUAUAUGUAUUAAUUAGUAAUUUUUUUCUGUUAAUAGUUCACUAAAGUUUAUUGCAACGUGCUGGCCGCCUUCUCGUCUUCUUUUUCAGAUGAUCUGCCAUUUAGGGGCCUACCUUCCCACUGCCCUCUUCUCACCUGUGUAUUAUUACCAUACAGAGGAGCUGGAUGUUGUUUGCAUAGAAAGAUUGAUAAAACAAUGACAUAAUAAUUGUUCCAUUUUGCGACAGUUACACAUUGAGUUGAAAUGGGAUGUGGAUGCCAAAAGUAACCGACUUUACAUAACAGACAACGGAUAGAAAAAACAAGAAAAAAGUGUACACUAGAUUUAGUAUUGAAUCUGGCCUCUUUAUUUCCUCACCAUGACUCCUGUUUUCCACACUGUUGCACACCAGCUCUGAUUAAAUUUAUUCCAGCAAGGCACCUAAAUUGUGUUUUGCUCAGGAACAGCUCAAGGCAACAGUCUCAAAGUAAGACAAAAUAACAGAACCUCUUUCCUGUUAUUUUGAACGGUUUUGAACUACUUAAGACUAAAGGAACACUGAGGUGGAAAUGUCCUUCCAUGAUCUAAAGCUGUACCUCAAUCAAGAAAGCUCUGGUACAAUGUAUGUCAAAAGUUGUAUUUUGCUUAUACGUGGUCUCAAAGAGUAACAACCAUAUUUAGAACUAAACUAAAAAGAGGGCCUCUGGUAUUCUUUUGUUGUUACACUUAACGUUUCAUUCAGUGUUUUGGGGAUUUAUCUUUGAGCCUUUCUUUCCCCAGAAGGAUGCUGACACCAUCAAGUCAUCAGAUAAGAUCUGCAGACAGCUGAUCUACCACCUGACACCUCACUCUAAGUGGCUCAGACAGAGCAUGUCCAGGCGGAAGUCUCAGGCCUGGUAAGCUCCUCCGUCUAGCCAUUAGUCUUUCACACAUAAAGCCCUUGCUCCAUGCUCCCUAACUAUGUAAACUGCCCAAAUGCUAACACCACCAUCUAAAAUGGUGCCAGUGCCACAGCCAGACCUCUGACAACCACCCUAAGUGGGGUUUGAGUGGGUUUGUCUGACAUUUAAUAGGGCUGGGACACAGCAGCCUCUGGGCUUGCCAGGCAGGUCAGGACCACAGAGGCAACCAGAAGUGUCAAUCAUUCCUCUGUGUGGUGCUGUUGUCACCACAGCAAUGGUUUGUGCAAUGGCAUCAGUCCUCUUUGACUCAGAACAGUCUCCAUACAGACAGUAGCCUGCCUACAAACGUGGCCAGUUUGGUUGGGAUGAAAUAGAGGGGUUGUAUAGAAAUAAGAUCCAUUGGCUCCUUUGAUGAAAACACAGUCUUUGUAUCAACAUGUUAUUUUUUUUGUAAUCUUUGAUGUGCAAAUCAUGAAAAUGGAAAUAGCUUGCAAAUGAAUUGACAGGUUAUUCUGUUUCCAGGUCUUUAGUAAUUAUAUUGAUAAAAAAUAAGCAGGAUAUGAUUACGCUUCUUCCAGUAUUUGCUCAUUUUACAUUUUUACAGAUGAAUAGACAGUGGAAACAAUGCAUUUUCUAAAGAGGAAAUGAUCAGUAAUAGAAAAUAAGCGGAAGAGAACACUGAUGAGUCAGGCUCAUUGUGCUUCAGUCUGAGGUAACAGCACUGAAAUACAGACAGAAUAAUAAGGAAGUAAGAAAAGGAUAGUAACAAAAGGAUAGUAACUUAAGGGUCAAUUUAAACAAUACAUUGAUUCACACGUCGCCUUGUCUUGCUGUACAACUACAUUUAAACCCACGCAGGGCUUUGAUGUGCCUGCAGACUUUGAAGUUUGAAGUUUUAAUGUCACGUGCACAAGUACAGAGAAAUACCUUUCUUGCCAGCUCCAAACCCAACAAUGCAGUAAUCAAUAUCAAUGUAGCACUAAAAAGAACAAAGGUACGAGAAAUAAGAAGAACACGAGAAAGUAAGAAGCUAUAUACAGGGUCAAUUCCAGGGUCAGUUCCAAUACCAUAUUUACAAUGUGCAGGGAUACUGGAGUGAUAUAGGUAUAUAUGUAUAGGGGUAAGGUGAGUAGGCAUCAGGAUAUAUGAUAAACAGAGUAGCAGCAGCGUAAAUGAUGAUUUUAUGUGAGUGUGUGUAAUGGCAGUGAGGGAAAAAAGUAUUUGAUCCCCUGCUGAUUUUGUACGUUUGCCCACUGACAAAGAAAUGAUCAGUCUAUAAUUUUAAUGGUAGGUUUAUUUGAACAGUGAGAGACAGAAUAACAACAAAAAAAUCCAGAAAAACGCAUGUCAAAAAUGUUAUAAAUUGAUUUGCAUUUUAAUGAGGGAAAUAAGUAUUUGACCCCUCUGCAAAACAUGAUUUAGUACUUGGUGGCAAAACCCUUGUUGGCAAUCACAGAGGUCAGACGUUUCUUGUAGUUGGCCACCAGGUUUGCACACAUCUCAGGAGGGAUUUUGUCCCACUCCUCUUUGCAGAUAUUCUCCAAGUCAUUAAGGUUUCGAGGCUGACGUUUGGCAACUCGAACCUUCAGCUCCCUCCACAGAUUUUCUAUGGGAUUAAGGUCUGGAGACUGGCUAGGCCACUCCAAGACCUUAAUGUGCUUCUUCUUGAGCCACUCAUUUGUUGCCUUGGCCGUGUGUUUUGGGUCAUUGUCAUGCUGGAAUACCCAUCCACGACCCAUUUUCAAUGCCCUGGCUGAGGGAAGGAGGUUCUCACCCAAGAUUUGACGGUACAUGGCCCCGUCCAUCGUCCCUUUGAUGCGGUGAAGUUGUCCUGUCCCCUUAGCAGAAAAACACCCCCAAAGCAUAAUGUUUCCACCUCCAUGUUUGAUGGUGGGGAUGGUGUUCUUGGGGUCAUAGGCAGCAUUCCUCCUCCUCCAAACACGGCAAGUUGAGUUGAUGCCAAAGAGCUCCAUUUUAGUCUCAUCUGACCACAACACUUUCACCCAGUUCUCCUCUGAAUCAUUCAGAUGUUCAUUGGCAAACUUCAGACGGGCCUGUAUAUGUGCUUUCUUGAGCAGGGGGACCUUGCGGGCGCUGCAGGAUUUCAGUACUUCACGGCGUAGUGUGUUACCAAUUGACAUCCUUGAAGAGCUCUUUGGUCUUGGCCAUGGUGGAGAGUUUGGAAUCUGAUUGAUUGAUUGCUUCUGUGGACAGGUGUCUUUUAUACAGGUAACAAGCUGAGAUUAGGAGCACUCCCUUUAAGAGAGUGUGCUCCUAAUCUCAGCUCGUUACCUGUAUAAAAGACACCUGGGAGCCAGAAAUCUUUCUGAUUGAGAGGGGGUCAAAUACUUAUUUCCCUCAUUAAAAUGCAAAUCAAUUUAUAACAUUUUUGACAUGCGUUUUUCUGGAUUUUUCUGUUGUUAUUCUGUCUCUCACUGUUCAAAUAAACCUACCAUUAAAAUUAUAGACUGAUAAUUUCUUUGUCAGUGGGCAAAUGUACAAAAUCAGCAGGGGAUCAAAUACUUUUUUCUCUCACUGUAAGUGUGUGUGCAUGUUAUCUGUGUGUUAUAGUGUCAGUGUGCGUGAGUGUGUAGAGCAGGGGCGCAACUUUCACUGGGGAUGGGGGGACAUGUCGUGUCCCCCCCCCCCCCCCCCCCCAUAUUCUGAAAUGGCAUUUUGGUCCCCCACAGUUUUAUCAUUGGAAUGUCAUACAAAACAAGGCAACGGUGUGCUUUAGGAUCAUGCGGACGCCCCCGAGCGGUCGGGUAGGCUGUUUGGAGUGUUUAUCUGACUGGAUAAAAAAAUAUAUAUAUUAUUAUUAUUAUGUCCCACCCCAUUUCUUAAACCAAAGUUGCGCCCCUGUGAGUGUGCAUAGAGACAGUGCAAAAAUAAAAAAUGUAUACAAGGGUCAACUCAGAAGUCACCCUGAUUUAGGAGAGACAUUAGAUUAGGUUGAGACUGACUCACUCACAGCGAGUAUGUGAGGACAUAUUCCCAUGUUGAACUUGUAGCUGAAGUGGUUAUUUUCACUGAGGCAUUCAGUUGGUUCCAUAACACCUGCAGAGAGAGACUGUCUCACACAGUCUGAGGUAGGCAGCAGGACAAGCAUUAGUCAUCACCUCCCAUCGCUUUUAUGUUCAGCUCUAAGGAAACUACACUCACCCAUAUGCAAUACUUAAAUGGCACUUUGUAAGGCGUUCCCGUAUUCAGAGUUAAUUGAGUUGUAGCAAAGCAUAAAAUAAAGGAUUUCUGUUUCUGGCCAAAUAUACUUGAACCCAGAUAUUAUCAAAGGAGCUCAUUUAACAGUCACAAAUCUAAUGCUAUGCAAUGCACACAAUUAUACCACACUGCUAAACUAAUUCGGAAUAACCACCGACUAUGAAGUUUCAUUACAAUACAUCUAGCUGCUAUAGCUACAUCCAAAGAUAUUUCAUGACAUAUUCUAUUUAAAAAUUGUUUUUUUCUCUCCCGGCUAAUUUGCAAAUUCGUCUUCAUAGGUUUAGACAUACUUUUAUUUGUAUACUGCCGUAAAUUAGAUUAAUGAGGAUACAGGUUUAGUAUUUGUAUUUAUUAUGGAUCCCCAUUAGCUGCUGCCAAGGCAGCAGCUACUCUUCCUGGGGUCCAGCAAAAUUAAGGCAGUUAUACAUUUUAAAUACAUUCAUAACAGAUUUCACAACAUAUUAAGUGUGUGCCCUCAGGCCUCUACUCUACUACCACAUAUCUAUAACACAAAAUCCAUGUGUACAUGUGUGUAUAGUGCGUAUGUUAUCGUGUGUUUGUAUGCAUGUGUCUAUGUUUGUGUUACUUCACAGUCCCCAAUGUCUGUUUUAUAAAUCUAAUUUUACUGCUGGCAUGAGUUACUUGAUGUGUAAUAGAGUUCCAUGUAGUUCCAUGUAGUAUACAGUAUCUGAGGCCCAUCAUAACAUGGCAGGUCAAUCUACAGGGACCCUGUAUACACAGGAGGAGGGGGACCUGGCAUGGCCACUUCCUCUCUAUCUGUCUGUCACAUGUUGAAAUGUCAGACCUGCAGCAAGCCAGCAGGAGUGCAGCAGACACCUGGGGUGAGGAGGGGGAAAUAAGGGGUGGUAACCUGACUGAUCAGUCUGACUCGACUUGACAUUCUGCUCCUGUCCCACUGCUCUGAGUUUUACUGUGGUUGUGAAGGGAAAAUAUGAAUGACAUGUUUACUGUUUAAAGAGCAAUGCUUAAAACAUGAAUGACUUUGCAAAAACAAAAUGAUGUGAGCUGUGCAGUAGCCCAGGGGAGAUAUGGGGAGAAAUUAUUCUCAACUAUAGUGCAUAGCAGUAUUACUUUUUCAUGGCCAUCUGCCUCUGUAGGGGCUCUUCAUUUUGACAGUCACUAUAUUUAGCAGUUUACCCUGCCUAGGUAAUUAAAAACAGUAUUUUUGUAUUGAUUCUGCUUCAUUUAUGACUGAAUCCUGGUAUCCACUUAUCAUUGCUCCAAUUACAUUUAUGAAUGCUCAAGUAGCCUAGUUUCAAUUAUUUCAUAUUCCUGGAAAUGUCAGACCUAGAUUGGGACACAAUUUUACAGCAACCCUCAGACCCUCAUAAGAAAUUCCUCUGGAUUUAAUGACCACAAUAUAAAUUCCUUGAAAAGGGCCGUAAAGGAGUGCAGGGCUCAAUUAAGAUCCUGUUUCUACACUCUUAGAAAAAAAGGUGCUAUCUAGAACAUAAAAGGGUUCUUCUGCUGUCCCCAUAAGAGAACCCUCUGAAGAAGCCUUUUUGGUUCCAGGUAGAACCCUAUUGGGUUCCACAUAGAACCCUUUCUCCAGAGGGUUCUACAUGGAACCGCAAAUAGUUGUACCUGGAACCAAAGAGGGUUCUACCUGGAAAUAAAAAGGGUUAUUCUAUGGGGACAGCCGAAGAUCCCUUCUGGAACCCUUUUUGAGAGAGAGAGAGAGAGAGCGAGAGAGAGAGAGAGAGAGAGAGAAGAGAGAGAUCUAGAGAGAGAAUAGAGACGAGCUAUCUAGAGAGAGAAGAGCGAGAUGAAGAGAGAUAGAUCUAGAUAUAUCUCUAUCCAUCUAUAUAGAGAUCGCGAGAUAUAUUCUCUCUCUUCUCUCUCUCUCUCUCUCUCUCUCCUCUUUCUCCUCUCUCUACUGCUCUCUCCUCUCCCCUCUCUUCUCUGUCUCUCUCUCUCUCUCUCUCUCCUCUUCUCUCUCUCUCUCUCUCUCUCUCUUCUCUCUCCUCUCUCUCUCUCUCCUCACUCUCUCUGCCUCUCCUACUCGCUCUCUCUCCUCUCUCUCUCUCUAACUUCUCGCUCUCUCCUCUGCUCUCUCUCUACUUCGUACUCUUCUCUCUCUCUCUCUCUCUUCUUCUCUUCUCGUCCUCAUCAUCUCUAGAGAGAGAGAGAGAGAGAGCAGGCUCCACAGACAGGACUUGUAUUAUUAAACUCACAUUAGAGAGUCAUAUGUUCACCUUUGUGUCACAGCACUGCUGUAACACUUACAUGUGAGGUAAGCCUUUGGAAAUGACAUUUCUACAGCUGAUUUCUAUUCCUGUCAGGUCCAGAUGCAUUACUCAGAGGACAGAAAGGAUAGCUCUUUGAUGAAUGUCUCUUUAUGCUAUGAUCAUUUGUGCAACAAUUGUUGUUAUUCUAAUCUUAAUUAACAACAUAAAUAAUGUAAAGUAUAUAACAUUUAUGUUGCUUAUCAUCACACAUUGCUUCCACAGUAUCUUGAAUAAAUCAUAUAUACUAUACUGCGAAUUAUAAAGCCAGGUUAAAAUAAAUGUCAAUAACUUAUAGCAUCUCUCUAUUUGAAAAAUGCCCUCUAGUUGAACAAGUGGUCAGGUGGUGCAAUGGAUGUCACUGUAAAUCACUAGGUGCUGGGGGACGCUGUAAUUCAAACCCAUACUAAAUCAGAAACUCAGGGCUCUUCUGUCAGCUCUAGUGGAACAUAUUAUUACCAAACAGGCUGGAGAAUGGGGAUUGGUUAAGCACUGAAGUAUGAAAUAUUUGGCAUGGGAAAAAGUUGUUAUAGGGUGGUAUGCAGAUGAUAUACAAAUGUCAUGUGUUUUUAUGAAGCAGAACAGUGCAGUAGAUCAAUGGUUGUUGCCCUUAUCUCUCUUCCUCAUUGCUCAGAAUGAGUCACUGCCAUGAUAUGCCAACUCCUGGAAGUCAGCAUUAAAGCAACAUCAAAGUGCAAUACCUUUAAUAUAAAUCCAGCCAUGGAUUCCAACAUCACACAAAUGUCAUCUUUCAAAAGGCAUGAGGAUUUGCCUCUGAUAGGCUCAUGCUGUGAGGCUAUGCACUGAGACAGAUACCCAGCCAUAAGAAUACAUUUUGUCACAUUUAAUUUCAGUCUCAUAUCAAAUGGAACCCACACCUGCCAUUUACAGAAAUGUAGUUAAAUCCACUGAAGCAACACAACUUACGCAAUCAAAUACAUUUUAUAUGCCAGCAACUUUAGUUGAUUCAAAUUUCUUCCAUUUCUGUCUGUCUAGGUAUGUUUUGUUUCAUGUUGUUUCAAUCAUUAAAACAGGAUUGUAAUUUCAUGGUUUGACUUUUGAAUCAAGCCAAUAAAUGUUGAUGGUAAAUGUUUUUGGCUAUUGGUAAUAAGGAACGCAAUGCUUUUCACUUUCUGAAUGAGGAGGUUGGGUGUUUCGUAUGUUUUGGCCCUUCACUGUGUCCACUGCUAAAUCCUCAUGCUGGAGAAUCUAUGUCAGCCUUCUGCUCCAAGUGCCCAACCCCCCUCCUUUAUACAACACAGGAAACACUAUAUGGCAUGAGGGCCAUGUUCCCAGGUCACAUAUAUAGAUGAUACAAUUGACCAACAUUUCAGCACUCAGCCCCUCUAUAUCCCUCAUUCAUGUUCCCUAGUGUACUUUCAUAUCCAAGAAUGUCUCCAUUCUUUUUCAAUAUCUUUUUUUAAAAUCCCUUUACAGUCUCAAGACGGCCCUGCAGAGAAAGGUAUCCACUGACACAGUCGACUUGUCUAGUAUCCCUCUCUCCAGUCGAGACGUCCGCCACGUGGCCUUCUACCUCCAGAACAGUGGGGAUGCAGUGGUUGCUGUAGACAUCAGUUUCACUGAGCUCCAGGAUGAGAACCUCCGUAUCCUGCUACCCCACCUGGGGUCUCUGCCCAAACUCAACACCCUGGCCCUCAACGGCAACCGGCUGACCCUGGCCAUAGUCAAAGACCUGACUGAGAUUCUGAAGGACCCCAAGAAGUUCUCCAGCCUGGCUUGGAUCGACCUGGGCAACAACUUGGACAUUUUCACCAUGCCCCAGCCUCUGUUAGUGGCCCUGCGACGCCGCUGCAGCCUGAAGAGCAGCCUGCCCACCAUCUACGAGUACACAGAGGGCCAACCCUACUGCUACCACAUGGAAACAUCCAUCGAGGAGCCCAGCCACUACGAGGAGGAGGAGGAGGCGGAGGAAGAGGAGGAAGAUGAAGACGAGCUGGAGCCGUGGGGUAUAGGAGGGGAAAAGGUUUCAAAGGACUUCACCCUACACUACUGUGAGAGGUGA